CUCCUAGAAUUCUCUGGCGUUUCGUUUUCAUUCGUCAUCAUCACUCACUCCUCUCUCUCUCUCUCUCUCUUCGAUUCUCUCUCCAAUUUUUUUUUCUUGCAGAUGCAUUACGCCAUGAACGCCGAUUCCGAGACGGAGAUGAUGGACACCGAGUCCGGUGAGACUUUCGUCCUCGACAAACCCGCCAACGCCAGGGAUGAUUUCCUCUCAGCCGCUCGGAGGCUCGUCGAUCAAGGCCAGCCAUCUCAAGCUCUCCAAGCGGUAGUGAUGGCAAUGAGAACACAAGGAGGAGAUGAGGCGGUACUUCAGAUACUCAACCGUACCCGCGAACUUUACAAGCGCAGAAUCCAAGAAACAGCUAGUGUGGAUCAGCUGGCCUCUAUUUUUGCAGAGUGCGCUAUCACAGAAGCACAACCACUUGGGCACGAGCCAGCGUCAAGAGACUUAUUUGGCACCAGAGAAGGAGUUACAGCGGAUGCUCGUGGCAUAUCUAUUCUGGAAAAAACCGGGAGGUCGCAGAUCAUGCUUGAUGCCUUUGCUGAUGGAAGCAGCUUUAUUUGUUUGCAGUGCGGUGGUCUGGUGAGCACUCAUAGGAGAGAUGAACACUAUGCGUACUGGUGUAGCAAUAUGUGAAACACGGAUGCUGUUUUUUGUUUUGUUGGGCGUGACACGAUAAAGCCACUGGUAAUAUUGUUUCUGGCUUGUAAUAUCUGGGUGUUAAUUGUUGUUGUUGUUGUUGAUCAUCGUUGAAGUCAAUGAGAGAUGUAUGACAGUUAUAGACACAUUAGCAUCCUAGACUUGUAAUGUUUCUGAUGCUUAUCAAUAAAAGCUUCAAGAAAAGACA